AUGCUCUCAGACUACGAAUUCUUCCUCUCCUGCGACCCCGUCCUCGAUUCCUUCAAACCCCUCCCACCAAAUCCCUCUCCUGACCUUCCCUCAAGUAUCACGUCCCAAAUCCGAACUGAUACCCACCAACAACGGGGUAUCUCCUACACCGUCAUCGACAUUGUACACACCACAAUCUGGGACUCCAAAGUCGUCAGCACGUACGAGUUCACCGACAUUACCAAUGGGGUCUUUGUUCGAAUCAAGUCACCGAUGGGGAUAGUCAUGGAUACAGUAUGGCAAGUUAGGGAGAAGCAAGAUAAGAAAGGGGAGUGGGAGCUGGUGGAGGACUUGGAGAUAAGGUGUAACCGGCUGUUGGUGGGUGUGGUGAAGGGGCAGUGUGAGGAGGGGUGGGGGAAGAUUCAUGGGAAGAUGAUUAAGAGGUUGGAAGAGGAUAUCAACAAGGCAGGUGGGAAGUGA